AUGACGCAACCUGAUACCUUAUUGACACGACCUUCCGUAUCAUCUGAAGCUGUUUUGGGUAGUAGUGAUUCUCUAUCCGAGCCACUAAUUUCAUCGUCAUCGUCAUCACCGCUGACGGAACACCACGAAGUCCACCAAGAGGAGGAUCAUUCUACAGCUGUCCGUCAUGAAAACAUGACUGAAGCGGAUGACGAAAACGUCAGCAAUAAUGACCUGACACACAAUCAGAACAACAGCAACAACAACAACACUAGCAAUGAGCAAAAGACUUCCGCGGACAAUCUAAAGCUUGCUUCGAUCUUUAUUUCCAUGGUGCUGGUGGGAACGGGUGUUUCAGUGCUUGGCAAGCUUGUGGCAAUCCCAUUAUACAACUAUCCAAACUUCCUCAAUUUGUACGGCGUUGUUAUGUAUGUUGCCAUGACCUUUGUCUAUGUAAUGUUCAUGAUGAUUCGGUAUGGAGAUGAAGUGAUUACCUUGGAACAACGACAGAUUCCAAAGCGGACCUUUGCCAUCUUUGGAUUGUUGGACACCCUUUCGAUCGGCGUGCAAACAUUUGCAUCUUGCUACAUUUCGGGACCACUACGAAUCCUUUUGCCCCAGGCUUGCAUUCCCUUUAGCAUGCUCUUUUCUUGGUAUUUUCAAAACAAACGGUUUCGGUCAGUUCAAUAUGGAGGUGCUUUGGUGGUCAUUUUGGGUAUAUUUCUAGUCCUGGAGCCCAUGCUGAUGCCAGACAAGACAAUGACUUCGAACGCGACAGGAUUUGUGUGUGAAACCAAUCUCCAAGAGUUUGGUGUCGACGAGUUCUGCUACAUUUGUCGAGACGAAAUCACCCAAAAAGGCUGCUUGUCUCAUAAUGAAACUACCAAGCUAACAAAUGUCAUGCCUGUCAUGAUUGGGAUUGACGACAAUAACGCAUUCACUGAUGAUAUAGUAAUACACUUAUGCACAUGGAUACCAACCAAAGACUCGGGUGCGUCGACGGAUCAAGGGACGGGCAUGAUAUGGUCUCUGGCCGUCAUUUUAUCCUGCAUUCCCAUGACAUUAUCCAGUCUGUAUAAGGAAAUCACACUUGCUAAAGUCGAAGUCGAACCACUCUACAUGAAUGGCUGGACAGCAUUCUUUCAACUGCCCUUUUCCUUGGCCAUUGCGGUGGUGGCGGCCCCACUCUUUUCGCCACCCAUAAAACCUCACAAACUUCCUAGACAUUUACUGGACGCAUGGGAGUGCUACUAUCAUGGUCGGGGAACUGUGGAUCAAGGAUGUCAUUUGGACGACGAAUGCGGCAAGGCUUUUUGGCUAUGGAAUAUAAAUUUUGCCUUGAUUGUGCUGUACACUGUAUUUUCAGUGCUAUUGCUAAAACACGGAUCAGCAAGUCUCUUGUAUUUGGCUCUAACGAUUACGGUGCCACUGGGCAACCUUGCAUUCUGUCUACCGUUCAUGCCCGGGUACGCUCCGAUGCGCAUCAAUGACAUUUUGGGUUUGAUCGUCAUUGUUCUUGGACUGGUCCUCUACCGAGGAAGUAACGACACGGAACAGACAGGAAAUAUUGAUGGGGACCAACCAUGCUCACCACCUGAUAAUGAUGAUGAUAAUAAUAAUAAUGUCUUGGAGUCUCUGCAAGAGCCACUGUUGCAAGAACACCAAGAGCAACAGUGA